AGGUUAGGUUGCGCGCGCUGGAGGCCGUCGUCUGCUGCUGUAAUUCGGCUACAGUGGGAAGGAAAAUAUUGUUUAAAACCGACUUUUACCCCCUCGCGAAUAAUCCGUUUCGCUCGGAUUUUACGCUGCUCCUUCCUUACAGAGAAAGCGGCUCGCUAAAAGGGCAGACCGGGACAGAGAGUCGAUUAGCGGCCCAUGCAGCCAUAACGAGCCCGUGAUACACCAUCACACCGCUGGAGAAGGUAACUCCUCGCCCCCCCAUUCCUCUCCUGUUUCCUAAGCUCCUCUGUCCCCUGCCCCUCAUAAUCAGCCCAGAGACCCUCUUCCUAAAGGCCAGUUAGGAACGUUGGGUCUGUUCCUCCCCAUUCUCCCAGCCUCCAUCUGUCUCUCUAACUCCACCUGCCCAGUAGGGGGCUGACCGCUAAUUGGACUCCCCAAAAACAUGUCCUCCAUCUUGCCUUUUACUCCGCCCGUGGUGAAGCGUCUGCUGGGUUGGAAGAAGUCAGCCAGUGGUUCGAGCGGAGAGCAGAACGGCCAGGAGGAGAAAUGGUGUGAGAAGGCCGUCAAAAGCCUGGUGAAGAAGCUGAAGAAGACGGGCCAGCUGGACGAGCUGGAGAAAGCCAUCACCACACAGAACUGCAACACCAAGUGUGUCACCAUUCCCAGCAAUUGCUCUGAAAUUUGGGGACUGAGUACACCAAAUACGAUAGAACAGUGGGAUACCUCAGGCCUUUACAGCUACCCUGACCAAACCAGAUCUCUGGACGGGCGUCUGCAGGUGUCUCACCGCAAAGGUCUGCCUCAUGUCAUCUACUGCCGCCUGUGGCGAUGGCCCGACCUGCACAGCCACCACGAGCUGCGCGCCAUCGAGACCUGCGAGUACGCCUUCAACCUCAAGAAGGAUGAAGUCUGCGUCAACCCCUACCACUACCAGCGGGUGGAGACGCCAGUUCUUCCUCCUGUUCUCGUGCCAAGACACACGGAGAUCCUGACUGAGCUGCCUCCUCUGGACGACUACACCAACUCCAUACCUGAAAACACCAACUUCCCUACAGGGAUCGAGCCUCCUAACAAUUAUAUACCAGAAACUCCUCCACCGGGAUACAUUAGUGAGGAUGGGGAGGCCAGCGACCAGCAGAUGAAUCAAAGUAUGGACACAGGUUCUCCUGCGGAGCUGUCACCAAGCAUACUCUCGCCCGUCAAUCAUGGCAUGGACCUUCAGCCAGUGACUUACUCAGAGCCCGCGUUUUGGUGCUCCAUAGCUUACUAUGAACUCAACCAGCGGGUCGGAGAAACAUUCCACGCCUCUCAGCCUUCCCUCACCGUGGACGGCUUCACAGACCCCUCCAACUCCGAGCGCUUCUGCCUGGGCCUGCUGUCCAACGUCAACCGCAACGCCACCGUGGAGAUGACCCGGAGACACAUAGGACGAGGGGUCAGGCUGUAUUAUAUUGGUGGGGAAGUGUUUGCAGAAUGUCUUAGCGAUAGCGCCAUCUUUGUUCAGAGCCCUAACUGUAAUCAGAGGUAUGGCUGGCACCCUGCCACAGUCUGUAAAAUCCCUCCAGGCUGUAACCUGAAGAUCUUCAAUAACCAGGAGUUUGCGGCACUGCUGGCUCAGUCGGUGAACCAGGGCUUUGAGGCUGUGUAUCAGCUGACCAGGAUGUGCACCAUACGCAUGAGUUUCGUCAAAGGCUGGGGAGCCGAGUACAGACGUCAGACGGUGACGAGCACCCCCUGCUGGAUCGAGCUUCACCUGAACGGCCCCCUGCAGUGGCUGGACAAGGUCCUGACCCAGAUGGGCUCGCCCUCCGUACGCUGUUCCAGUAUGUCCUAAUCGCAGUGACCAAGCUCUCUGUCCUCUGCCCCCAAAACGACUGAUUCUACAAUCACAUCAACCGACAACUCCAAGAACAACAGACUUACUCGAACCCCGCCCCUCUUUCUCUUUCAUAGUAAUCGUGAGCCUUUCUCUAUCUCUGUCCUCCCGACACUGAUGUUCUCUCCGUUCGGACCUGAACGCAGCACUUGCUGUCUCAUCAUCAUCAACCACC